CUCUUCAACUGCGGCGAGGGCACGCAGCGCGCCAUGCAGGAGCACAAGCUGAAGAUCUCCCACCUGGACAGCAUCUUCCUCAGCCGGGUGGCCUGGGCCAACGUCGGAGGGCUGCCAGGUAUGAUACUCACGUUAAAAGCUAUAGGGCUUCAAAGAUGUGUUUUCCUAGGGCCACCAAAGCUGCAAAACUACUUGAAAGCAAUUCGACUCUUCCCUGGGCCCCUAAAAAGGAUGGAUUUAGCUGUGCAAUUGCACACAGAGCCUGACUAUAAGGACGAGACGAUGACAGUCUACCAAAUACCUCUUUCAGAAAAACAACUAGCUACUGGAAGUACAUUGCCUCAGAGUCCUGAAGCAUCAACCCAAGGUGGAAAUAGCCCUAGGAGGGGCAUAGGGCCUGGAUCCCCAAGAGCUGCACAGCAAAGCUUAGAAGAGGGCGAGGAAAAAGAAAGCCCAAAGAAAACAGGUGGUGAACAGAAAUGUGCAAGCAAGCAUCCUGACCUGGUGAUGGCUUUCCUUUGUAAAAUUCACCCAAAGAAGGGAAAAUUCUUAGCAGCUAAAGCACAGGAGAUGGGCCUGCCAGUGGGAACUCCAGCCAUUCUUCCCAUAAUUACAGCUCUCAAAAAUGGAGAGAGCAUCACUUUUGAAGGCAGAGAGCUCUUUCCUGAAGAACUGUGUACCCCGACUGAUCCUGGCCCAGUGUUCAUCGUGCUGGAAUGCCCUCGUGAGGGCUUUGUGGAUGCUAUCUGUGAAAAUGAGACCUUCCGAAGGUACCAGGAAGGACUUCCUGAGAACCAGGUGGCUCUGAUCAUUCAUAUGACUCCAGAGUCAGUGCUCCGAGACAGCCGCUACCAGCAAUGGCUGGAAAGAUUUGGACCUGGAACUCAGCACUUGGUGCUCAAUGAAAAUUCCUCCGCAGUGCACAACCCACGUAGCUACAAGACCCAAACUCAGCUGAACCUCAUCCACCCAGAGAUCUUCCCUCUGCUUACCACAUACCAGAGCAAGGAAGAAGAGGCUGUAUGUAGUGUGCCAAUUGUGCGAGGAGAGUGUCUCUUGAAAUACCACUUCAGACCACAACAGGAGUGGCAGAGAGAUGCUGUGACUGUCUGCGAUCACGAUGCAUUUGUUAGUGAAGCCUUGGAUCUCCCUGACUUCCAGACUCGUGUGAAGGAGUGCAGAGAGAACCUGUCUGCUGUACCAGGAAAUGUGGGUUCUUAUCCUGAAAUUGUGUUCUUGGGAACAGGAUCUGCCAUUCCAAUGAAAAUCCGAAAUGUCAGUUCCACGCUAGUAAACACCAGCUCUACCCGAUCUCUGCUCUUGGACUGUGGAGAAGGAACAUUUGGACAGCUCUGUCGCCACUAUGGAGAGCAAGUUGACCAAGUGCUGUGCAACUUAGCAGCUGUGUUUGUGUCUCACAUGCACACUGAUCAUCAUUCGGGGUUGUUGAACAUCCUGAUGGAGAGGCGGAGAGCUUUUGCAGCCCUUGGUCAGGCUUUCAGCCCUCUGUUUCUGGUAGCACCUGAGCAGAUCAUGCCUUGGCUACACGAGUACCACAGCCACUGUGAAGAGAUUCUCGGAGACAUCAAAAUGAUUUCUUCCCAGUCUCUUGUGAAAGGCUGUGAGAACAUCAAACCUAAAGUGAAAUGGUUUGUCAGUUCUCUGUUAGAGAGCUACGACUUAGCUGAGUUUCAGACUUGUGAAGUCCAGCACUGUAAAAAUGCUUUUGCAUGUUCAAUGAUCCACAAAUCUGGCUGGAAAGUAGUCUAUUCUGGUGACACAAUGCCCUGCAUGUCCUUAGUACAAAUGGGUAAAAAUGCUAACCUGCUGAUCCAUGAAGCAACAUUGGAAGAUGGCAUGGAAAAAGAAGCUAUAGAGAAGACACACAGCACAACUUCCCAGGCGAUUCAGACUGGGAUGAAGAUGAAUGCAGGGUUCAUCAUGCUCAAUCACUUCAGUCAGAGAUAUGCCAAGAUCCCGCUGUUCAGUGAAGACUUCAGUGAGAAGGUUGGAAUUGCGUUUGAUCACAUGAGAGUACGUUUUGGUGACUUUCCGACCAUCCCAAAGCUGAUCCCGCCUCUGAAGGCUUUGUUUGCAGAUGACAUAGUAGAAAUGGAGGAGCGUAAGGAAAAACGUGAGAUGAGGCUUCUGAAGGAGACUGCUAUAGCCUUGGACAAACUGGCUGGUGGUGAGAACAAGGAAGCACCAUGCCAGAAACGGAAACAAGACAAGAAACAACAGGAAGUACUAAACAAGAAACUUAAAACAGUCAACUGAAAGAAACAAG